AUGUCCUCUCAAUUUACAGUGCAUGCAGCCCCUUCGAGAAGAUAUCCUACACCUAAUUUCGCUACAUUCACCCCACCGAUUAGCCUACCAUUUCCACCUACAAUUAAGGCCGCUGAUAUUGUCGAUAGAAGAAAUUCUUCACAAUUGACUAUGAAAAGUCCUAACGCAUUCUUUAUUUACCGGAAAGCAUUUUUAGAUCAUCUUUCCAACACUUACCAAGAUCUUAAAAUGACCGAUGUUUCUAAGUUAGUUGGAAUUUGUUGGAGAAACGAACCUGAGAUCGUUAAAGAUGGGUCGUCUGGAAAAAUUCAAAAAUCCAUGAACUCUCAUCACGAAGACAAAGAAGAAAAAGAACCCAAAAAAAAAAGACCUCUCGCAAACUUCAAAUUGACUACACCUGAUUAUUCUUCUCAGCAAUAUGUAUUUUAUGAGUUCAUUCCAAAUUCUUCCGAUCAAACUUCUGACUCAACUUCCGAUCCAACUUCUGAUUCAACCUUUGAUCCAACUUCUGAUUCAAUCUCUAAUCCAACUCCUGAUAUAUCACCUUUAACUUCUCCAACCAUCAAAGACACAUCACCAUUUUUUACAAAUCCUAUUACAGACGUAGCUUAUGAAACUACCGGUCAUGAUGUCAGCUACCAAAAUAAAUUCAAUGAGGAUAGAGAAAUUUCACCUAUGACCGAAUGUGUUGGGCUUUCGGAAGUUAUUUUUAAUGGCCAUGAAUAUCCGAACUCUUUUUACGACGUUUAUAUCCAGCAGCAAAAUGAAUUUUAUUCACAGGAAUUCCCUUAA